AUGUCCUACCGCCUCUCCGCCACACUCGACGCCCACACCGCCGAUGUUAAGGCCGUUGUCUCACCCACCGACGAUCUCAUUCUAUCCGCCUCGCGCGACACUACCGCGAUCGCCUGGGCAAGGGUCGCCCAGUCCAUCACGCAGACCACCAUUCUUCGCCCCGGCUCGCGCUACAUCAACGCAGUCGCGUAUCUUCCGCCCGCGCCCGGAGCUCCAGAAGGAUACGCAGCCACGGGAGGCCAGGACACUGUCAUCAACAUAUUCGCGCUCCCCGCACCAAAAGGCGAACCCAGCUUCUCCCUCAUCGGCCACUCCGAGAAUGUAUGCGCUCUCCAUGUCGCUCAAGAUGGGACGAUCAUCUCGGGAUCUUGGGACAAGACGGCGAAGGUAUGGAAAGACUUCAAGCUACUUUACGACCUUGUCGGCCACCAGCAGUCGGUGUGGGCAGUAGUCGCCAUCGAUAGCGGCCAGUUCCUCACAGCUGUGCGCGGCCUCGCGCUCAUCGCGGACAUUGGCUUUGCGUCGUGCUCGAAUGACAGCGAAAUCCGGGUCUGGACCAUGGAAGGCGACACCGUCUACACGCUCUCCGGCCACACCUCGUUCGUUUACAGUCUUUCGGUGCUUCCCAACGGGGACAUCGUGUCUGGUGGCGAAGAUCACUCUGCGCGUGUGUGGCGAGACGGUGAAUGUGUACAAACAUUGGUACUCCCCGCCAUAUCUGUCUGGUCCGUUUCCACCAUGCCGAACGGCGACAUCGUGACCGGUAGUAGCGACGGGAUUGUCCGCGUAUUCAGCACGGAAGAAUCGCGCUGGGCUCCUGCAGACCAGCUCCAGGCGUACGACGACAUGGUUGCCGCACAAGCCCUCCCGUCACAGGCUAUCGGGGACGUCAAAAAAUCUGAUCUUCCAGGUCCUGAAGCUUUGUCACAGCCAGGGAACAAGCCUGGAGAGGUGAAGAUGAUCCGGCGGGGUGAGAGUGUCGAAGCACACCAGUGGGAUAGUGCGAACGCUAGUUGGCAGAAAAUCGGCGACGUGGUAGACGCUGUUGGGCCGGGCCGAAAGCAGCUCUACGAAGGCAAAGAGUACGAUUACGUGUUCGACGUCGACGUCAAGGAAGGCGUGCCUCCACUGAAACUACCAUACAACGUCAGCGACAACCCGUACUCAGCUGCCCAACGCUUCCUUCAGACCAAUGAACUCCCAUUGAGCUACUUGGACGAAGUGGUGCGAUUUAUCGAGAAGAACACGGCUGGGGUCAAUGUGGGAACUUCAAACGAUGAGUUCGUGGAUCCUUACACGGGUGCUUCCAGAUACCAAGCGUCGCAGACAACAUCCUCGGGACCAUCCGAGUUCAUGGAUCCGUUCACAGGAGCAUCGCGCUACCGCGCUGCACCCCCAGUAGCGUCAUCAACGCCUGCUUCGUCUGGUGGUGAUCCGUGGACCGGCGCGUCAAGAUAUUCUAGUGGUGUGACUUCACCUGCACCGGCUUCUCCACAACCCGUUGCUUCGUCAUCAGCCCCGGUGAUCCCAGUGCAAAAACCAAUCUCUUUCCGGCAAGGACAUGUUACUGCAAUGCAAAGCAAGCUGUACCAGUUUGACCAAGGCCUCAAGAAUGAGAUCUCAACAAGUUCACUUGGAAUGUACCCCGACGAGCUGAAGCUGGUCGAGGAAAUGUUCUCGUACCUGUCGGCUUCAAUGGCGAAGACCUCGACUCAGUCACUGAACAGCAGUCACGUCGAAGCUCUGAUCUCUAUCCUCGAGCGUUGGCCACAAGCACCUCUAUUCCCUCUAAUGGAUUUGAGUCGACUAGUGGUAGCCCACGCGCCUUCUGCCUACGCAGACUCUGCGGUCCGUGCCCGUUUCUUCGCCGCGCUCUUCCACGGGGCAAGCUGGGCGGAACCAUGGUCUUCCCCACUUCCCAAGUCGCGCGAGACAAAUAUGCUCUUCCUCUUCCGUGCCCUUGCGAACGCCAUUCAGGAAAAUGCGACUGCGGGCGACGGGAAGUGGCUGGAGGAGAUCAUCGACAAGGUCGGCGACGCACCGUACACGGUGCUCACGAACAACCUCCGAGUGUCUCUGGCAACGGUCAUGUUCAACAUAACAUGUCUCGGCCUCCGUGAGCCUCUACCCCCAACACUACGAGACGCCUCCGCCAAUCUCGUCCUCGGGAUCCUCCAAGCCGAGAAGACCGAGCCCGAGGCCGCUUACCGCGCUCUGGUCGCAUUUGGCAACGUCGCCCACGCCGCGCGCACCUACUCAUGCCCCCUCGCGCCCGCGCAGGCAGCCGACGCGCGCCAGACGCUCGCCGCGCUUCCCGGGACGUUCUCGGACGCGCGCGUUCGCGACGUCUCGAGCGAGGUCGCGGCGUUGCUCUAG